AUGGCGACGGUCAUUGUCCAGCUGCCUGGCGGAAGAGGCGCUCCGAUGUCACCGAUUAGACCUGUCGAGCAGGCCGCCACCGACGCUGGCGAGUCCGUCGACGCGCUUCUCGAGGCGUUCUUUGCCUCUCACCAGCCCUCAGCUUGGCCGAGCGACUCGCAUCUGGGCUCUCCGGCUCAGUCAGGGUGGUACUCCUCGCAUCCCGGCUACAUAUCGAUUGGUGAAUUGCCUGGUCCUCGUCAUCUGAUUCCACCGACCUACCCUGCAUCUCUUCACAUCCAUCCUCCGGAGCCAGCACUGCACCAACCCUCUCCUUCGCAUCAUUACGCGACAGAUCGAUCGCAGCAAGUUCUUCCCGUACCUCCAUCCGACAUAGGGCGUUCAUCUGCUCAAGUCUCCCCUCCGCCUCUACCGGUCACUCCCGAGAUCGAGAACCCGAUGACCUUGGGUGGAAACUUGGCUAACAACUUGGCUGGAAGCUUCUUUGCCGCAAAUCCGCGAAUGCAGAGCGGAAAUGCGAUCCGCACGGUUGUUCAGCCGCAAUUUGUGCUCGACCUGCUCAUCACCGAGCUGUUCGCCGGCGCCAAAGGAACGUGGGCGCACCUGCCCGUCCUGCUGAAGCCAGAGUACAUGACCAACCCUGACCUGAUCAGUAUGGAGGCCCUGGGCUAUCGAAUUCAGGCCAAGGAGCUUCGACUGCAGGAUGCGCAGCGCGAGAGGAAGCUUCUCUUCACCUUUUCUGUGAAGCCGGAUUUUGUUGCACCACCGCAUCCUCUGCCCCACACGCCUGGCCUUGGUGCCGAGCAGUCGUACGUCGGUGUGUGGGAGCUGCUGCCGACCACGGACGCUCGUUCAUCCAAACUAUUCUUGCGCGGGUACUUUGACUACACGGCGCAGGAAUUCAAUGACCUCGACGAGCAUCCUCAGUCGACGGGACUGCAAUAUUGGCUUUCAGUGAAGCAGGCCACAUCGCAGCAUUCCAGCCAGCCUGUUCUGAAGGUCAACCUCGAGAGACUGGACGUGCUUUCGUCUCAGGCGCUGCUUCCGAUUCAACCCCAAGAUGCCCAUACUCCAGUCGUUGAUUUUGGUGCACGCCUGAACCUUGGCAGAUCCUUCGACGGUCGACCAACGUCUCUGUACCAGGAGAUUCCGGAGACUGCCUCCAUCAUUAACGACUUGAAGCUUAUUGCCCGCUUGGAUGCUCGAGCGUUUGGUCAGGUCCAGAUGACCGAUGUUCAGAGAAGGCAGGUCACCGCGGUCAUUUCGUACAAGUUCCGCCUGCCGGUGCCCGUCAAGGUUCUUCGCCAGAGGGGUGACGAGUUCACGAUGUUCAUCUUCCACCCGGAACUCAAUUGGGUCACCAACCAUGUCGCCGACGUAGUCUCGAUGUGGAAGAUCACAGCGGGCCAAGGGAGGAUGCGUGACCUGUUCAACACUGGGUUCUAUCACCUCACUCCCGAGAUGUGGGAUCAGCUCACCGAGGAGGCAGUUCCCGGCCUGCACGACGCAAAAUUCCGGUGGAGUAUCGCGAGCAAGGACACCAACAAAAGGUCGCGAAUCAGGUAUACGAUCCCGCCGAACGUCUAG